AUGGAUCCAGCAGCACUCAGACACAUCCAAGGCCCGUCUGGGAUAACAAAAGCAAAUAAGCAAGGUCGUCGACCCGGGAAAACAGCAUGUAUAGCCUGUCACGCCCGCAAAAAGCGAUGCGACAUCGCCCCGCCAUAUCACCAGUGCACGCACUGUCGCAAAGAAGAUCAAUUAUGCAUCCCGCGAGAUUCAAUUGAGAGCAAGACUUACAACCCCGUUGGAAGACCUCCCCGGCAACAAAUGCCCAAACGCAACAACAGCCAGAAAGCUAGUAAGAACGAAAACCAAUUCCACGUCAAUGGCUUUCUGCCAAAGGGAAUCGAUCACGAAGUACCCCGAUGGAGUGCGGUGUAUUCGUCAUAUUCGGAGAUACGCCGGCUACUGCCUUCUCUCACUUCCACUUCCCCGUCCCCGUCCCCUCCGCCCGAGAUUGAAGGGGACAUGGCACACAUGCAGAAUGCACCAAUUGGGAGAAAGCAGGAUGUGGAUAUGUCUUUGUCAGGGCUGGAAUCUUCGAGGCACCUUCCGUCUGAGAGUUUAUAUAGGGAUUGUGCGGAGGCGGCUUCUAUAAAGGGGAUCAGCAUACCUGUUUCUCGGUCUCGAUCUUGGUCUCUGUCUUCGGCGCCUCCAGAUGAAAGGGUUGGGUUGGAGAAGGCGUUAGCUUGCGAUGCCGAGAGCCUGCGUGGGGGCCUUGCUUCAGUGGACAAAGUGGGAGUUCCAAGUGGUGGGGAUUCCCAUUCUGCCCAUGACGUUUUUAUGAAUGAUCUCGAUGCAUUGCUUAGAUUUUGA